AUAAAGCGCGCAACACUUGUCAUACCCGGCAUUCGUUCCGUCUCUGAUCAGCCAUGAAUAUGCUUUGGCUUUGCAUCACAUCAGUGUUGUCAAUUACUCCAGUCAUCUCUGGCCUCAACAUUGACACAAGCCACAUCAAAGUUUUCCCAGCAGAAAACCAAAGUAUUGCUGGAGUAUUCCAGGUUAGCUACUUAAAUGACCUCAACCAGCCUGAGUAUACCUUCAAUGCCUCUGAAGCUCGAAGGCUCUGCUUGUCCCUCAGUGUGAACAUUGCCUCAAAAGCACAAGUACAGGAAGCUCUCACUAGAGGUUUUGAAACAUGCAGGUUUGGAUGGAUUGAUGAACACUUUGCAGUCAUUCCUCGGAGAAAGGCCCUUUCUAAUUGUGGCCAGAACAAGAUUGGCUUGGUGACAUGGCGAGCCUCUGUUACACAAAAGUUUGAUGUGUUUUGUUUUAAUGAAUCAGAUGCGGCUACACAAUUGAAGGAUACAACAACUGAUAGCCCUUUGCACAGCAGGAAUUACUCUGGGCAAAGUCAAUCUCAUUCUAAUGCAGCAAACUCCACCCAGGGCAUGCACUCGUCCACUACCCUCCUUCCUUCUUCCUCCUCAACUCCUGAAACCAUAGACAAUGAGGUGGAACCAGCCCCGUUUGUCAGUAGUGCACAAGGCUCUGCUGGAGCAACGGCUAUACUCAUCACCUCCAUUUGUGCCGUUCUCCUUAUUACAGUAAUCAUCCUGGCAUACAUCAAAUUGAGGAGACGCUUUCUGAGCUCUGACACGAAGCAGCAGCAAGAGAACAUCCAGAUAGAAGAGUGGACGUGUGUGAAAAAUAUAGAGGAAACCAACAUCGCUGCUCAGGAAGAUGAGAGGAUAGAAGUGGGUGAUGAAGCAGAAGCAACAUAAACAUUUCUCUGAUAAAAUACUCUAAGGAAGGACUCCAUGGACAACUCCUGAGUAACAUUCUUUUUAAGGAUGAAGAUGUGUUGUGUUCUUUGUUUUGUGUGAAAGUAAUAUAACAGAAUAACAUUUAUUUUUUGUAUAUGUUAUGUGUUUGUUAGUAUGUUAUUAAAGUCAUCUGAUGUUAUUAAAUGGUGCAGUUUAGCCACUAGA